UGCGUUGCAGCACAGUGCAGCGCUCCUGGAGAGGCUGUGGGUUCGUGGCAUCCGCGCCGCGGUCGCAAGUAUAGCAGGUUUUCGUACCCAAUGUUCAUCGCCGUUAAAUCAUCGCUGCUACCACCCAGGCACGGCUCUCUAUCCCGCCGCUCCCUUCACCCUCUCGGCACUGCUAGCCGUACGAAUUUUUACUGCGACACUCGCUUCAGCAGGAGCAUCUUCUUGAGCUCCUCCUUGAGGUGGAUGGACAGUUGAAGGUGGUACAGGAUGAUGCACAUCUUUUCGCAUGCCCGAUUGCCGCACGACGCAUUGCUCGCUAGAUCCAAGAUCUCGGCUGUCAGGUACUCCAGCACGGCUGCCAGGUGUGUGGGUACCAUGUUUAUGAAGUACCUGAUGACACCAGAAGAAUAUACCAGAAUCCCCUGGAACUGGAGUUAAAGUACACCCCUGGGCACACUUCCAGCAGCGACUCUUGCAGGAGCUGGUGCAAGAACAGGAUUCAUCUGGGACGCAGGAUAAGUUGGUGGCCACUAGGAGUGGAGGCAGCAGUUUGGAGACAGAAGAGAGACCAGAGCCGUGACCUCAACAGAAGUGGAGUACGUAGAGGUGAUCGCAGAACUUGGAAGCUGACGACAUUAGUUUGGAAAAGAGCUGAAUUGGAGCAUGACAGAAGGGAGCGAUGGAAAGAAGCUCAUCGCUUUCACAGAAAGUCACUGCCCAGUAGGCAAGUGCAGGCAUUUUAGAGACUACAGUUUAUACUUAAGAUUCAUUUCCCUGUUAGGUCCUGUCCACGUUCUUUCUCUCACCCUGGGCUCUCCAGAUUAAACAUUGGCAUUAUCAGGAGUUGGCAGCAGCUGCUUGUGACUACAUAGAUCUUGCUCUUGUAAAUAACAGCUUUAAUUUCCUAUCAGCAAGGGACCAGACUUUCUCCACCUCUGGAGAGAGAGCUUUGACUUGAGGUUCGGUGUCCACUAAUAGAUUAGAGAACAGUUGGUGUGUGGGGAUGGUGGGUGGCACAUUACAGUAUGCAACUUAAGCCCUGGGAAUCUGCUUGUUGUCUUUCCUGACGUUUAAGCUGAGAAUAGCUUUCCUCUCAUGGAGAAACAGGAAACCUAGCAGUUUUAGCUGGUGCUACCAAGAGCUAUAACAGGUUAAUAGCUUGGGGUUUGGGUCAUUGCUGAAUUACUAGAUUGGGGGGUUAAUUUUUAUGUUAAGCAGCUGAAAAGCUGUAAAUAUACAAGCAAUACGAUUCCUUCUUAGAACCAUGGGUGUGCUUGCAUUUCUUUGGCUUUUCCUGUGAUGACUCGUCUUCCAGUUAUUCCAUCAACGAAGUCUUGGAGAUGAUGCUGUCAGAAAUUAUGCUGCUUCUGAAGAGAUAAACUGAACCCUUUUGAUUAUGUGAGGUUAUUAAAGAAUAUAAUUUUCAAAUCACGGUAAAAUUUUGGUGGUGAAAUUGGAAGAUAAAUUUGAAUUCAAUCGAGAAAUGUUGUAUUCCGCAGUGCGGUGGUCGCGCACGCCUUUAAUCCCAGCACUUGGGAGGCAGAGGCAGGCAGGUGGAUUUCUGAGUUCGAGGCCAGCCUGGUCUACAGAUUUCAGGAACACACCAGAAUAAUCAUUGUUUCCAUGGACAACCUUGGGAGACAGUUGAAAGUCUGGCCUGGAGCCUUAGCUCAGCAUGGCCGCAGAGUUGGUCAUUUCCUGCUACCACCUCCUGAGUACUGGGACUACACGUAUUCACGAACCUGUCCGUCUCUGCCUGUUAACAGCUGCCGUUGCCUCUUCACGAAGCGAUGGCUGACCUAGGGUUUUGGACAUAGUAAACAAUUCCUCUCCCAAUGAACUGUAUCUCUGGCUCUAGGGAAGAUAUUUUUGAAAAAUGGGUUAGAGUCGCCAGAUCCUACCUAUGAGUGAGGAGAGGAGGGUACUCAUCAAUGAAAAAGGAUUUUGCUGAGUUAAUGUUUCCAUGAGUCUCUCAGAAGAUGUGGACUAAGGUGUGGUAUCUCCCUGCCAUAGAAUUACCACACCUGGUUUAUACCGUACUUCAGAUCCAACCCAGGGCAUCAUGGCUGGAAUCUAAAAUGAACAUGUGGGACUUGAAUUGAGAAGCCACCCAAGCAUGAAUAUGAUUUACCAGGCUUCCAGGCCUUGCCAUGGCUACCCCUCUACAGCUUCUGAAGCGCACUUAGUAGAGGGCAUGCACAGCCUCUUUCUGCUGUCCCAGGUCUUCACCACCGUUGAAGCAAUAACCAGGAAGCCAGGUGUACUUACUACCAAGAGCUAUUCCAGCAGUGCCGCUUAGAAGUCAUCACGGUCCCCAACUAAAAAAUGCCAAAAGCAAAUGGGAUAUUUCUCUGCAGUAUCCUGCUAGCAUUACAAUGCACUUUGAAAAGCAGGCCCUGGAGUCACAAGUCCAGCCCCACUCCUCUUCUUUCCUGUCAUGGAUGUUUAAGCAGAGAGACAGAGGAAAGACAAAGCAAGGUUAGAAGGGAAACGAAGAGGGGGAAGACAAAGGGGAAUGAGAUAGUGGUAAAUAGUCAAAGAAUAAAUACAGCCAAGCAGGGUGGCCCAACUCUACUCACUACACUUGGGAGGGCAACUCCGGAAGAUCCAUCAUGACUCUGUGAUUCAAAUGGAUGUUGCACGCGCGCGCGCACACACACACACUGUCGAAUAACAGCUAGAAAAGAAAAAAGGCAAAGAAAAAGGAAUACCAAAGAGUUCCUCCAAGCCAAGCUGUGUGGAUCAAUGAACCCGUCCUUUGUGGAUCCAGCAGUAAUUGGCAUCUACCUGCUAUAAGAAGAAAUUUUUCUGGAAACCUCUUUUGCCAGCAUCUGUUGCCCACUGAACUAUUGUUGGAACUGUGCAGCCAACUUGACAAUAUGCCUUGAGAAGAAUAGACUUCCUGAUCAGAUCCAAGAUGGCAGCCAGCAGGAGGCUGAUGAAGGAGCUUGAAGAGAUCCGCAAAUGUGGAAUGAAAAACUUCUGUAACAUCCAGGUUGAUGGAACUAAUUUAUUGACUUGGCAAGGGCUUAUUGUUCCUGACGACCCUUCAUAUGAUAAGGGAGCCUUCAGAAUUGAAAUCAACUUUCCAGCAGAGUAUCCAUUCAAACCACCCAAGAUCACAUUUAAAACAAAGAUCUACCACCCUAACAUGGAUAAGAAGGGGCAAGUCUAUCUGCCAGUAAUUAGUGCUGAAAACUGGAAGCCAGCCACCAAGCCUGACCAAGUAAUCCAGUCCCUCAUAGCACUGAUGAAUGACCCCCAGCCUGAGCACCCACUCCGGCCUGACCUAGCUGAAGAAUACUCUGAGGACCGUAAAAAAUUCUGUAAGAAUGCUGAAGAGUUUACAAAGAAAUACGGGGAAAAGAGACCUGUGGACUAAAAUCUGCCAUGAGCGAUUCCAGCAAGUUUGAGCAGAGACCCCGAGCAGUGCAUUCAGACAC